UUUAAAGUUUCAUACAGCUCUCAAAUUAGUUACCAAAAACGCUUCUCUGGUGCAUAAAGCAAUGGAUGUGGUGGUAAGUAUGGUUGCAGACAGGCCAGUGGUGAUCUUCAGCCGGACCACUUGUUGCAUGAGCCACACCAUCAAGACUCUCAUCGGUGGCUUCGGGGCUAACCCAGCAGUUUACGAGCUCGACGAGGUUCCGAACGGGCAACAAGUAGAGAGGGCACUGCAACAGAUGGGGUGCAAUCCCAGUGUACCAGCUGUUUUCAUAGGCCAGCAGCUCAUUGGAGGAGCUAACCAAGUCAUGUCCCUCCAACUCAGGAACCAGCUUGCCCCAUUGCUCAAAAGGGCCGGAGCUAUAUGGAUUUAAAAGAUAGAGCAUACUUCCAUUAACUCAAAUAAAGUGAUAACUGGUUUCGAUACAUCUGUGUUUCCCUUUCGGUUCUUGUACAUGUCACACUGCCUACGUAUUUUUGCAGAGAGUGCUUGUACGCCAUAUUUGGGGCUGACCAGGGUUAUAUAUUAUAGUAUUUUCCUUGUACUAACUUGUAUUUUCACUUG